CUGGGAGCGUCUCCGCGCCUCUGCGUUGUGAGCUGAGUCUACGCAGGACUGGAUUAGAAACAAACAAGCAAACAAAAAACCUAGAGACUGCUCUCAAGGAAUUUGCCCCAAAGAGGAGAAGCUAUCAGAAAUGAAUUACAGCACGAUGCAAAUUGACGUGGAAGCACAGAGGGUGAUGUUGGAAAGGCCUAAAGGAUUAGGAUGCAUUCCUGGAGAAGAGGAAGAAGUUGUAAUUUAACGAGUGCAUAUUUGUGCACGUUAGAUGGUGCAUCUUAGUGUGGAGCAGUGAACUGUGCUUCCUUUUACUUGGGUAUCAUGCAGAGAGCGUCACGUCUGAAGAGAGAGCUGCACAUGUUAGCCACAGAGCCACCGCCAGGCAUCACAUGCUGGCAAGAGAAAGACCAAAUGGACGAUCUGCGAGCUCAAAUAUUAGGUGGGGCCAACACACCUUAUGAAAAAGGUGUUUUCAAGCUGGAAGUUACCAUCCCUGAGAGGUAUCCAUUUGAACCUCCUCAGAUCCGAUUUCUCACUCCAAUUUAUCAUCCAAACAUUGAUUCUGCUGGAAGGAUUUGUCUAGAUAUUCUCAAAUUGCCACCAAAAGGUGCCUGGAGGCCAUCCCUCAACAUCGCAACUGUGUUGACCUCUAUUCAGCUGCUCAUGUCGGAACCCAACCCUGAUGACCCACUCAUGGCCGACAUUUCCUCAGAAUUUAAAUAUAAUAAGCCAGUCUUCCUCAAGAAUGCCAGGGAGUGGACAGAGAAGCAUGCAAGACAGAAACAGAAGGCUGAUGAGGAAGACAUGCUGGAUAAUCUACCAGUGGCUGGUGACUGUGAAGUACACAACCCAAAGCAAAAAAGAAAAGCCAGGCAGCUAGGAAGCAUAGAAAAGAAAUUUCAUCCUGAUGUUUAGGGGGUUUAUCCUGGUGCAUCUUAGUUAAUAUAUCCUUUGCCAAGGUGGUCUAAUUUUCCUAUCUUUCUUGAAUGUUUUUCUUUGUAUUUGAUGACAUUAUAAUUUUUGUGUCCUAUAAAAGACCCUGCAUAUUUAUGUAUUCUGCUCUACAGUGAUUCUGAGUGUAGUCUGUUUUAUUUGUCUUGUACAUAUAUAUUUUGAAACCUUUUAAGCCUGAAAAAUAAAUAAUCAUUUAAUGUUGGGUA